UUCUGCAUCAGAAAUACUUUCGAUUCGCCAUGGUUUUCAACUUUAAUUUUCAGUAGCCAGCGAGAAGGUCGAGAACUUCAACAAGUCUGAGUUCUCAUGUCUGCUAUAUGGCAAUUUAUUAGACGUUUACUGAGUGACCAAGCUAGUCCUACAAACGAUACUACUUUUGAAAUGGAGUCAAGUCAAGACUCGGAUGGUGAGUGCGAACUGGACUCCACAUGGGAGGAUGAACACGAAAAUAAAAUACCCUGCAAGAAGAAGAGUCGCAGGAACAUGCGUGCUGCCAAGGACAUGCAAGACUUUCGGCAUAGUUGCCAGAACUUGGAUCAUGGCGAUGAUGAACCAGCAUCAGGUCGAUUCUAUAACCUGGAGUUUUACAGAGGUCAAAUUAGAUCUUCUCCUGAUGACAUUCACAUUGAUGAUUUUCACAAGCAGUGGUUGGGUCAAUAUAAUCAGCUGGAAAAUGUUCACACCUACAUUCAGUGGUUAUUUCCAUUACAAGUGCCAGGGGUGAACAGCAGGGCACAUGUGCUCACAAAAAAAGAAAUCAAGCAUUUCCGUAGAGAUAAACAAGCACAGAGUAAGUUGGUUAAAUCAUAUGAAGUUAUGUUGGAUUUCUAUGGUAUUCGUUUGGUCAAUAAAGAUACAGGAGAGGUGGAACGUGCCAGGAACUGGAAGCAACGCUUUGACCACAUAAACAGACAUACACUCAAUAACCUGCGCAUCACACGCAUCCUGAAGUGUUUGGGAACUCUAGGAUUGGAGCACUUUCAGGCCCCGCUGGUCAAGUUCAUCCUUCAUGAGACUCUUGUGAUGGGAGAACUUCAAAGUGUAAAACGAACUGUACUAGAUUACUUUAUGUUUGCGGUACUGGACAAGUCAAAGAGGAGAGAGCUGGUUAGAUAUGCUUAUGAGCAUUUCAGACCCAGAGAAGACUUUGUCUGGGGCCCAAAGAAGAUUCUGCAAAAGGAAACUUCAAAAGAAGGUGAGCAGGAAAGGGUGAGGACCCAUAAGACCAUGCCUGGAAUUAAAAAAAUAAACGCCUGUCUUCCUUCUGAAAGUAUGAGAAGUGAGAAACCUCAUAAAAAUGAUCAUCAGAAAGAUGAUAAAGCAGUUAGUCUAGACAAAUUGAUGGCAAUAGAGAAAAAAUUAGGAGAGACAAAACAAAGAGAAGAAGGUGAGCUGCUGCAAAAGGUGAGGACUCGUGGAAUCAACAAAAUACAUGCCAGUCCUCGACCUGAAGGCAUUGAAAUUGACAAAUCUUGUAAAAAUGAUCACCAGAAAGGUAAUAAAAAAGUUAUUCCCAACAAUUUGAAGGAAAACAAUAUUACAAGUGUUCAGAGCGCAAAUGAAAAAAGUCAAUGCAGCUCAAAAAACAAAAAGGCAGAAAAGCAAAGUCAAGGUACAAGUGUUGAAGUUGAAAUUAAUUUAGAAACUAUCAUUCUUGAUGAUGAUCUAAAUAAGAAAACUGAUACAAGUGAUACCUCAAUUAGUGCAAAUGAGCUGACCAAAGAAAACAUUAAAAGUGAUCAGGGAGCACAAUGCAGCUCAAAAGAGGAGACGAGAUGUCAGGAGAUGAGUGUUGGGGAUGAGGAUAAUAAUGAUGAUGGUAUUGAAAUGUCUCAUGGGGAUUAAAUUCAGUGAAAUAUUCUCCGUAAAAGGUGUUUAGAAAUGAAAAUUGUUUUUCUUUCAUGAAACUCUAAUUAUUAAUUUAAAGGGUUAUAAGUUGCUUAUUUUAUUUUACAUACUUUUUCCUGCAUUUUGGUGAGGGCAAUACACAUUUUAAAAAAAUAAAUAUAUGUCCAUUAAGGAUUGUGAUAGGUUAAUGUACAGUGCGUGGUCUCUUCACUGAGGAAACAGUUUGUACUUAUGACUGAUUGUUUAAAAAGAAAGUUGGCUUUUGUAAAUGUCAGGUUUGUGAAAUCUGUGUUUUUAUCAUUCUAAUAUUUUUUUCAAUACAAUGAAAAGCUAGUGUACAAAGGAAUGUGUAUACUUUGUAAAAAUGUCAUGCAAUAGUUAUUCUGUAUCUUGAAACUGCUGUUUGGUUUAAUACGGUAUAUACUACUGAACCACAUACUGUAUGUCUCCACAUUAUCAGAGUGGAAUGCUGCUGUACAACAUACUGCACAUUUUAUUGCUUGUCGCUUUGUAAGAUUAUUUCAGUUUUGUAUGAUGAAAAUGCAAUAAAUAAGCAAUCUA